AUGAUGAAGAGCUUCGUUGCCAUUGCAGCUUUUGCUGCCGGCACUAAUGCCCUGGUCGGCCGCAGUGAUAGCUGCUGCUUCGACCUGACUGCCUCCGGAGGCUCUUCCGGGGUUCUGGGCCAGCUCACUGAUGGACAGGUCCGCGUUGGUGAUAACAGUCUGUCUGCUGCACAGUUUUGCAUCAACUCUGCUGGCGGUAUUACUGAUAGCGAGGGCCGAGGCUGUAUCCUCACCACCGAGACUACUCAGUUCCAGUGUGAUACUGGUGCCAAUGCCACCACUGGCUUCUCUAUUUCAUCCUCCGGCGAGCUGGAGUACAAUGGCAGCCCUAGCUUCAUUGCCUGUGAAACUGGCGAGAAUGGUGGCCGCAACGUUUACACCACAAACAGCACAUCCGUUACUCAAUGUGUGAACGUUGAGCUGACUGCCGAUUCCUGCUCCAGCUCUAGUCCCGGCGCUUCAUCGUCGCCUGCGGCUUCUAGCACUCCUAUGUACUCUACUGCUCCGAUUAUCCCCAGCAGCACUCCUAUUGCUCCCUCUGUGGCUCCCUCAUCAUCUCCUGCAGCUAUCGUUCCUAGCGGCUCAGCUCCUGCUGCUUCUCCCUCUUCUAGCUGCGAGGCCUCGCCUAUCUAUAUCACUACCACCGUUACUGUCACUGAAUGCGGUGCCUGCCCCAGCGGUACUCCUGGGGCUCCGGUUCCUGUGUCUACCCCAGGUUUUGAGACUUCCGCUGUUGGUGGUGGUGGUGGUGCUCCCGCUCCUAGUGGAUCGCCUGCUCCUCAUGGCUCUUCCUCUCCUAGCGGUGUUGUCCCAGAGGCUCCUCACAGCACAUCUGCUGCUGUUGUUGGUGGUGGCUCUCCCGCUCCUAGUGGUUCCCCUGCCUCCGAGACUCCUGCUGCUCAGAGCUCCCCUGCUCCCAGUGGUUCGCCUGCUCCGGAGUCCUCUGCCAGCCCUAAGCCAUCUGUUCCUGCCGGUGGCUCUUCUCCCAGCGCCCCUGUCCCUAUGGGCACUAGUGUUGCCACCCCAGCCGAGUCCUCCGCGCCGGCCACCACCCCCGCUGUUGCUCCAUCUCCGAGUAGCUCCGCCGCCCAGGCUUCGUCCUCCGCUUCUGCAACCCAGUCUUCUUCCGGUGCCUGUGCUACCACUCUCACCGAGGGCGACUACCAGUACCCUCACCUGAUUAUCCCCAUUAGCUCUUCUGCUCCCGAUACUGCCUACGGUACCCAGUACUUCGGCAAUGUUAGCACCACUGCCUCGACUAUCUUCAACUUCGACAUCCCGUCCUCUUACCAGGGCUCUACCUGUAACUUGGUCUUCCUGUUCCCCAAGAAGUCCCAGCUUGAGACCUCGGAUUACACCUUCAGCGGUGACGGCAAGAUCGACUUCACCAAGUUGUCUGAGGUUGCCAGCGAGGCGACUACUUACAACAACGCUCCUUCUGUCUCUGAUAACCUUGGUGAUAUCACCAUCUCCGAGGGCAACUCAUACGUUGUCUCCUCAUUCUCGUGCCCCGCUGGCGAGACUGUCGCCUACGAGAUGUCCGAGGCUGGUACCACAGACCUCUACUGGUUCAACGACUGGAACCCCUCUCCUCUCGGCAUCUUCAUUACCAAGUGCUAA